AUGCUCAAGUCCGGUUCGUCCGUGACGAUCGUCUCGGCAGCCUUCCUGGCUGUCGGAGGUUUCCUUUUCGGCUACGACUCUGGCAUCAUCAGCUCCGUCAUUGCCCUCCCUACGUUUAUGGAUUACUUCCACAACCCCAGCGACCAAAUCGACGGCGGCAUCGUCAGCUCGUUCCAAGGUGGCGCCGUCCUGGGCACCAUCAUCAACAUGCUCUUCGCGGACAAGCUCGGCCGCAAGCGCACCAUUCUUCUGGGCGCCGUCACAUCGGUGGUCGGCUCGGCCCUGCAGUCUGGCGCGGCGGCGAUGGUGAUGCUGAUCAUCGGCCGGUUCAUUGGUGGCGCUGCGGUUGGCAUCCUCACGAGCACCAUCCCCAUGUAUGCGUCCGAGCUGUCCAUGCCAAAGUGGCGCGGUGCCCUUUCUGGUCUCCUGCAGUGGUUCCUCAGCUGGGGCUUCCUCGUCGCCCAGUGGCUGGGAUACGGCGCUUCGUUCUCCAAGACUGCCUUUUCUUGGCGAUUUCCACUCGGGUUUCAAAUUGUCCCCGCUCUUAUCCUGAUUUCGGGCAUCUGGUUUCUGCAGGAAUCGCCUCGCUGGCUCGUCGAGCAAGACCGCCACGACGAGGCCAAGGAAGUUUUACAUAAGCUGCGGGCCGGCGACGACCCCGACCGAAUCGAGCUGGAGUACAUGGAAAUCCGAGACGUCAUCAUGGCCGACCGACAGAUUGCCAAAGUCAACACCAUGUCUAUUUUCCUCAAGUCGUCCUGGCGAAAGAGGCUGCUGCUUGGAUGUGCCAUCCAGGCGUUUGGCCCCCUCUCCGGUAUCAACGUCAUCAACUACUACGGGCCCCGUAUAUACAAGAUCCUCGGCAUCGAAACGCACACGUCCUUGAUGAUUAUCGGCAUCAGUGGUGCUCUGUCCAUCGUCUACUGCAGCAUUGGUCUCUAUGUCCUAGACAAAGUCGGCCGUAUCAAGCCGCUGAUUAUUUCUGCGUUUGGGCUUGCCGCCGCCCUUCUGGUCAACGCCGUCCAGGCACAGUACCUCAACGAGAACAACGCCAAUCAGCUGCGGUCCAUGGUGGCCAUGAACUUUGUCUUUAGUCUCUUCUACACACCGCUCGGCAUCAUCAGCUGGGUGUACCCGGCCGAGAUUUUCCCGGUCGAAGUCCGCGCCCUCGGAAAUGCCAUCACCACCUUUACGAACUGGGUCAUCAACCUCAUCUUUGCGCAGUUCACACCGCAGGCACUGUCGAGCGUUGGAUUCAAGUACUUUUAUCUUUUCUUUGCUUUCAACCUCAUUGCCGCCGUCUGCUACUGGAUGUUCUUCCCGGAAACAAAAGGCCGCACGUUGGAGCAGAUGGAUGUUCUCUUUGGUGACCAGCUUGUCCCCCAUGCCCUUGAUGAUCCUGAGGGUGCAGCCGCGGCCAUGGCGAAAGAAGCUCGCGUCACCCAACAUAUCGAGCAUGAAGAUGCCGCAUGA